AUGGAACGGAUAUUGAAGCGAACUAUUGAGGGCAUUAGACUUGAUACAAAAAGUCUGGCCAAAAUGGCUGAUGCACUUGAUGCUGAUGCAUCAGAUGCCAAAGAAGUAGAAGGGCUUGUGAUAGAUGACGAGGCUUGCACAAUGGAGCCUGUUGGAGAUACGGUUACGCAUUUCUCCGGUGAAUUUUCAUAUUGGAAUUUCUCCAUGCGAGUCAAGGAUCACAUUGAGAAACGAAUGCAAGGUUUAGGAAGUAGGGACCUUCAUGACUCGGAUCAGGAAGAGGAGCCGCCACGCGUUCGUCACCUGCGACCAGGACGAGCUCAUUUAUCCGCCGCUAUAUCCUGUUGUCCUCCACGGCAGAUUGCAGAUUUCUUGGCGAGAACUUUCUUCAAAUACGCAGAAUCACAUUACUUCUUUGUUGACCAGACUUGGCUCUCUGAAAGGAUGAAUAUGUUCUAUAACGAUCAAGGGGGCUUCGCCAAGAAAGGCUGUGAAGUUACUAUCAGCAUUCUCCUCAUGGUAUUCGCUAUUGGCACACAAUAUGCCCAUUUAGAAUCCUCUGCUCAUAAUCCUUCGAGCUCCACCGAAUCUAACUUUGCCGAGGAGGACAUCGGCACGGCAUUCUAUCAACAAGCCAUUCGCCUUUUACCGGAGAUUAUCGAACAUUCAUCCGUUGAAAGUGUACAAGCCUGUUUGCUUUUUGGUUGCUACGCGCUUGCAUUUGAUGCCUCGGGGCUGGGAUAUAUUUACAUCAACAUCGCCAUUAGACUCGCCACGCAGAAUGGCAUGCACCGAAAGUGCAAGAGUGAUGCAUUCAGUCCAACGAUGAUCGAGACAAGAAAUCGUGUAUGGUGGACUGCAUAUCUGCUCGAAAGAAAAAUAUCCAUCUUUCAUGGUCGACCACUGUCAAUGCUCAGAGCGGAUGUGGAUGCCAAUAUUCCUCUUCAUCAACCAGCAUUGAAAAUGGGCGACUCUCGAGCUAGUGUCGCACGCGCAGAAGCGUCUAUUCAGCUGAUCUAUUUUCUAGAAGAUAUAUACAACGAAAUUACCGUGCUUCGGAGCUGCCAAAAACAGCAAGUAUCGAAGAUCAUCAAGAGCUUGCUGACUCGCAAAAUGUCUUUGCAAACUUGGUGGAAUUCUCUUCCCGAGGAGGUUUUGAAAGAAAGAACUCGAUCCCCAAUGCAUGUUCGCUCAAUAAUGCAUCUACGGUUGGAGUACUGCCUGGUCCGAAUGUUCAUGGGGCGUCCAUUUCUGCUCAAAAAAGAAACAUCAAGCACGAUGGGUAACUCACCCCACUCAGAGACCAGUCCCUCUGAAACCCAUACAGCGAUCGAACCCGGAAGCCAGAAACUCUCUCUCACUCGCAGAGACUUAAUCGAAGACUGCAUUGAGGCAGCAACCGAAGCAUUGGGAAUUUGCCAAAAUAUCAGAGAUAAUGGCGCUGGUCUGGCGCGAGCCUCUUAUAUCGAGUAUAGCUCAUGUCGAGCAUCAUUGCUCGUGCUGAUUGCUUACUCCAUACAAAACUUUUCAGAGCAAUUCCGGAAACUACUGUACACUGGCUUGGAUAUGAUUCGAAAAUUGUCUGUGGCUGGAGAGUCAGCUCGUUACGAGGUCGCCUUGAUUGAGACACUCGAGCGGGCCCUGGCCCGCUUGCAUACUGGACCUCAGCAGUCUCAACAUAGCGAGGGUAUGACACAACCUGAGGUAGCUGUAUCAGAUUAUGAGGUAUUCAAGCACUGGGGUGCGAGAUUACGAAACGAAGCUAUAAUCGAGGCGCCUGGACUAACAAAUGCCCCAGCUCCUCACGUCGGGGCAUCUCCGACUUCUAGUCAACUUUGCGACAAUGAUAAGAUUGGGGGAAUUGACUGCGCGGAAGCAUCAUUUGACAAAGAUUUCGACACAGGAAUGUUUGGAGCUUUGGACUCCGUUAUAGGAAUGACCAUCUUUGGCACCGAAAAUUCCUCUCCAUCAGCAGCAUGGCCAACUUGGACAGAGACCCAGGUCCUGGAGCAAUUCCUAACUAAUCCGGAGUUUGGAGGAAACCAGGGAAUGAUGAACAGAUAA